CCCUAACACAAACAUUCCCUGGCACAGAGGAGCCAUCGCGUCCAUUCCUUGCCGGCAGCAAGAGGAGCUUUGUGGAGGCAGCAGUGCGCGCCAGCUUUGCGGGCAGGACGCUCUGCACUCGAGUGAUGCCCCCUGAUGCCAACCCGACAUGGAAUGAAGUGUUCUUCUUCCCUCUGCGGCUGCCCCCACUCUGUGACGCUAUCGAGCUGGCCAUUCUCAGCGGGUCCAAGGUGCUGGGCACCGCCACACUCCACCUCUCCCACAUCUCCUCCGCCGGUGCUGAGCUCGAAGGAGGGGUCCCAGGCUUCUUACCCUGCUUCGGACCCAGCUUCCUCCCCUUCUACAGUCCCCAGAGAGAUGCUGCUGCCAUGCCCAGCGACACUGCAGUGGCAUACAGGGGCCGGGUGCUGCUGGAGCUCAGCACCCACACGGGGGACUCUGAUGGGCGCCAGCAGGACGCCAUCGCCCCCGAGGACGUCACUCGUGUGCAGCGCCUCCUGCCCCGCCGCCACCGCCUGGGGCUCUGCGCGGUGUUCUACUCAGCCACCAUGCUGUCCCCCGUGUCCGAACCGCUGCGCUUCGAGCUCAGCAUCGGCAACCACGGGGACACCGGGGACACCAUGUGUCACCCCGCCGCCUCUGCCAGCCCGCAAGGCCACCCGCUCUUUGAUGGGAACCGCUACUACUACAUGCCCUGGCAUGACACCAAGCCGGUGGUGGCUGUCACCUCCACCUGGGAGGACCCCAGGCAGCGGUGGGAUGCGCAGAACCUGCUGCACAGCGUGGGCGAGCGGCUGGAGAGAAACGUGGCAAUGCUGCGGAAUGCAAAGACGGACGCCCGUGGGGACAUUGGGAGGAAGCUACUGCGCGAGCUGGCACGGGACUGCAGGUCAGCAGGCAGGGGGAGGGCUGUGGCUGCUCCCAAAUCAUUGGCCCCCAUUGCUGGAAGUGGGGUGGGGAAGGGAGCCCAGCACCUGGGAGGAUGCAAUGGGGGCAUUCUAGGGCAAAAAUGGGGCAUUGGAGAGGGAAAAUGGG